AUGCCGAACGAAGAUGCCGAAGUAUAUGCCCUUAUACUUGAGGAGAACCGGAAGUGGAUGGAGCAAUAUCCACUUCACGAUAGCGAUUGCGAAAUCCACACGGCGGCUUACAAAGGCCAUGUUGCUCUGGUCACAUCUAUACUAGAGAACAACACAACCGCCACCACGAACAUCGACGCUCGUAACGGGAACGAUUGUACCCCUUUACACCUCGCUAUACGCGCCGAUCACGGAUCGGUUGUACAGCUUCUCUUGGAAGCUGGUGCAGAUCCUACACUCAAAGACGACAUCGAGCCAGCCUACCAAGUUUCGCUGUCUGCACUUGACCUUGCAGCUUGGCUGGGACAAUCAAAUGCAUUAGCCGCGCUCCUCGACCACGAUGUCAGUAUAUCGCCAUCCGCGCUAUUUUUCGCCGCAUCCAAGAAUCACGUGGACUGCCUUGCCUUGAUUCUAGAGAAGCAGGGAACUCGCGACUUCUCUGAUAUGUCCAGGCUAGAGGCUGUACGGCUAGCCAUAGAAAGAGCGGCCUUGUGUUGGCAUGUGGAGGCUUUUGAGCUACUUCUCCACUACUACCAGGCAAGGUUUUCAGAUCCCGUACGCCUCAAUGGAAAUGGGACAGCCCUAGGAAAAGCCCUCAUUUGCGCCCUUUACGACUACGACUGUGACGACCGAUGCCGACCACCAGUCUUAUGCUGCCCUCUGGACAAAAGCGUUUCUAGCAUCAUGGAUAGUCUUGUCAAAGCUGGUGCUGAUGUCAAUACGCGUGACGAUCAAGGUCGACACUCUACAGCUUUUUGGGCUUGCCUGCACAUGUCGCACGUGCCGCGAGAUGUUGUACGAUUUCUUCUGGCCAACGGCCUGCGCGUCGAUCACGUUGCGCCUGAUGAGACUUCGCCGCUUUGCGGCAUCAUUCGAGACGCGGACGAUGACCCGAGUCUUGUUGAGGAUCUCAUCAAGGCGGGAGCAAGCGUAUCCGGUACGGACGAGGACGGCUACACUCCAUUGCAUUUGGUAGCAAAUGCCUCAUUCGCAAAAGUUCUCAUCGCGAACGGCGCGGAUGUUUCUGCUCGGGCGCUUCAAGGAGAGACACCACUUCACACAGCAUGCGAGUAUGGCAACAUAUCAAUAGUAAAGUUGCUACUUGAUAACGGCGCGAAUGUUCAUGAUGUCACUUCGGGAAAGACUGAUCGUACCGAGAUUGGGUGGACACCGCUUCGCUUCGCAGUCGAAUUCUUCUCUCACUAUUCCAACAGUAAUGAAGAGCGCUUACAGCUAGUACAACUGCUUCAUAACCAUGGUGAAUAUCUGCACACCACUGCUGCAGAUGGCUCGACAGCGCUGCAUGGCGCCGCUCAAUUCGGCAACGAGAAGCUUGUCCGCUAUCUGAUCGACUCUGGCGCCGAUGCGUGCGCCAAAACAACGUCUGGCAUAAACACCUUACACUGCGCAAGUAAAUCCAUCGAACCAGGAGAUGAAGUCAGGAUUACAUCAAUCAUCGAUGUACUCCUUGAACACGGUGUUGAACUGAACGCACUGAAUCAGGAGGGGGAAACCCCAUUGCUCGUGUCCGUUUCAGAAAUUAACCGCCCAGGGCAGGGGCAGAGGCAGGGGUAG